AUGGCUGAAAAGAUUGAUCAAAGUAAUCUAAUCGUCAAUUAUUUACCGCAGAGUAUGACUCAAGAUGAGAUUCAAUCACUGUUCUCGUCUUGUGGUAAGGUUAUUAGCUGUAAAUUGGUAAGAGACAAAAAUUCUCAUCACAGUUUAGGAUACGCUUUUGUAAAGUACGAAGACGUCGCUGAUGCAAACAAGGCUAUUAGCUCUUUGAACGGAUUAAGACUUCAAAGUAAAGUAAUCAAAGUCAGUUAUGCGAGACCCUCGUCAGCUGCUAUUAAAAAUGCAAAUCUGUACGUAAGUGGAUUACCUUUGCAUUACACUCAUCAAGAUUUAGAUAAUUUAUUUGGACAGUAUGGCGCAAUUAUCACAUCCAAAGUUUUAUAUGAUGGUAACGGUGUCAGCCGUGGUGUUGGAUUUGUUCGAUAUGACAAAAGAAAUGAAGCCGAAGCAGCGAUAUUAGCUUUGAAUAAAACCCUACCAAAUGGAUUUCAAGCCCAAUUAACAGUCAAAUUUGCAAAUACUCCUAAUCAAAAGAGUCAAUCAUCGGAAAACAGUGAUUAUACGGAUAUCCAGCAAAGUUAUGGAGGUCCAAUGAGGCAUCAAUCGAGUAGCGUCCGUUAUAGCCCAAUGGCUGCUAAUGAUAGCCCUGCAAACUCGAACUCUAAUAAUUGGUGCAUUUUUAUCUACAAUUUGCCACAAGACGCUGAAGAUAGUUUAUUAUAUCAGUUAUUCGCGCCAUACGGAGCUAUCAACAACGUAAAACUCAUCCGUGAAUUAAAUUCUAAGAAAUGUAAAGGAUACGGUUUUGUCAACAUGGUCAAUUAUGAAGAAGCUUACAACGCAAUCUUACAUUUAAACGGUUAUGAUGUAGGAGAAAAUCGUUUGCUACAAGUAUCUUUUAAAAAUAAUUCCAAAAAGACUUCUAAUCGUUAA